CUCAUCAAGUAGAAAGAAAUCUCCAAAACCAUAUUGCGUCUACUCUUCUUCUUCUUCUUCUUCUUUAUGUUGUUGUAUUUGGAAUCUGUUUCCUGCCAAAAGAAAGAAACCAUGACCAUUUCUUCCACAAAAGCUCAAUGUUUUCCACUUAAAUUCUGUCUCAUCUCUUAAGAUCUUUUGAUAUCACACACUACUCUGUUCCGUGUUUUCCGCUUCUUGUUCACCAUUGCUGCUUCACGCAUUUAAACCAUUAUUUGGUUUUUGCAGCGUUAAUGGCGCACUGAGUCUCUGCUUAAACCCUAAACCGUUUCCUGCAAAAUUCUUUAUUUUCUCAGAGAAAAGAUAAGCAAUUGGGUCAGAGCAAGUUGACAUAAAGGUCCCAACAAGAAGAGAACUUUCUCGUGUCAUUCAUCACAAGCUUCAUCACUAUCUAUAACUACCUUGCCAAGAAGAAAGCCUUAAACCUAUAAAAGAGCCUUUCACGUAACAGUUUUUUUUUCUUCUUACCAAAACAUCGAGAAAGAAAGAGAAAAAAAGAUGUCGAUUUCUUGUACCCGAAGUUUCUUCGACAGAUUCUGUGUUGAAGGAUACAAUAUCGACACUGUAAAACAGAGUAGUUUCCUCUCUUCUGAUCUUUUACCAUCUCUUGGAGCCAGAAUUAACCAAUCAACUAAGCUCCGUAAACACAUAAUCUCUCCUUUCAAUCCACAAUAUAGAGCAUGGGAGAUGUGGCUAGUCGUUCUAGUUAUUUACUCAGCUUGGAUUUGUCCGUUUCAAUUUGCCUUCAUCACUUACAAAAAAGAUGCGAUUUUUAUCAUCGAUAACAUCGUCAAUGGCUUCUUCGCCAUUGAUAUUGUCCUCACCUUCUUUGUCGCUUAUCUCGAUAGCCACUCCUAUCUUCUAGUUGACAAUCCUAAGAAAAUAGCAAUAAGGUACCUUUCUACAUGGUUCGCCUUCGACGUGUGUUCAACGGCACCGUUUCAGCCACUUAGCCUACUGUUUAACUACAAUGGAAGCGAGCUAGGAUUUAGAAUCCUUAGCAUGCUCAGGUUAUGGCGUCUCAGACGAGUUAGCUCGUUGUUCGCAAGGCUUGAGAAAGACAUCCGUUUCAACUAUUUCUGGAUUCGAUGCACAAAACUCAUUUCGGUCACUUUAUUCGUUGUACAUUUUGCUGGCUGUUUCAACUACCUGAUUGCGGAUAGAUACCCUGAUCCAAGAAAGACAUGGAUUGGAUCUGUGUAUCCAGAUUUCAAGAAAGCAAGCCUCUGGUUUAGAUAUGUGACUUCUCUUUACUGGUCAAUUACAACAUUAACGACCACUGGAUAUGGUGAUUUGCAUCCUCAGAACCCAAGAGAAAUGUUGUUUGACAUUUUCUUCAUGAUGUUCAACCUCGGUUUAACAGCUUACCUCAUUGGAAAUAUGACCAACCUCGUCGUUCACUGGACUAGCCGAACCAGAACCUUUAGAGAUACAGUGAGAGCUGCUUUAGAGUUUGCUUCAAGAAACCAACUUCCACAUGACAUACAAGACCAGAUGUUAUCACACAUUUGCUUGAAGUUCAAAACAGAGGGCUUGAAACAGCAAGAAACAUUGAACAACCUGCCAAAAGCAAUCCGUUCAAGCAUUGCAAACUACCUCUUCUUCCCAAUUGUUCAAAACAUUUACCUCUUUCAAGGAGUUUCUCGUGACUUCCUCUUUCAAUUGGUUUUAGAUAUAGAUGCUGAGUAUUUCCCACCUAAAGAAGAUGUAAUUUUACAAAACGAAGCGCCUAUGGAUCUUUACAUUCUAGUCUCCGGAGCAGUGGACUUCACAGCCUGUGUUGAUGGACAUGAUCAGAUUCAAGGGAAAGCAGUUAUUGGAGAUACCUUUGGAGAGAUUGGAGUUUUAUGCUAUAGACCACAACCUUUCACGGUAAGAACAACCGAGCUAUCGCAAAUACUACGCAUAAGUAGAACAUCGCUGAUGAGUGCGAUGCACGCUCAUGCUGAAGAUGGAAGAGUUAUAAUGAACAACCUCUUCAUGAAACUUAGAGGACAACAGUCGAUACCAAUAGAGGAUACAAAUAACGAUCAAAGAAACAUAGAUUUCCAAAGAAUGGGAUGGGAAGAAUGGAGGAGAGAAUCAAGAAAAGAUGGCAAAAGUUUAGAUGUUACAGAUUCGGCUUCAGAAAAUGGAGAAGAGGCUCUAAUAGAUGCAAUUCACAAAGGAGAUACUGAAAUGGUUAAGAAGCUACUUGAAGGAAGAAUUAACAUAGAGAAACCAAAGGCUCUUGCAGAACAACAAGGAAAGAAAAGCAUAUCUGAUAUCUUGCUAAGUUAUGAAAUGAGAAGAACUGAAGACUACAAGUCAGAGAAAGCAAAAGGGGAAAGAUCCAAUAGCGAAACCAAAGAAAGAAGUUAUAAUUACGAUUCAGAUCAAUAUUGCAGCUCCAGCAUCCAAAUCAAGCCAUGCAAAGGAAAAGGUAAGAGAGUUACUAUUCACAUGUUGUCACAAGAUCAGAAUGAUCUAUCACAGCGACAGAAUGGGAAGUUGAUACUGUUACCUUCAUCCAUACAAGAGCUUCUAAGACUUGCAGGUGAAAAGUUUGGAGAAUGCAACUUCACUAAGAUCACCAAUGCGGAGAAGGCUGAGAUUGAUGAUUUAGAUGUCAUUUGGGAUGGUGAUCAUUUGUUUUUUUCAUCGAACUGAGUUUUGAUGUACAGACUAACCAACUAAAUAUAAAUUAAUCUGUCGGAUAUG